AAAAUUCCUGUAAUAAACAUAAAUCUUUGUUAAAAGUUUAGACAGAAAAAUCAUACAAUACAAAAUUUAAAUUUUAUUUAAAUUUUUAUUUAAUUUUUUUUUUUUGUAUUAUAAAGGUUUUUGUUUUAGUGAAAUGAUGGGUUCUCUUCUUCCAUUUCAAGAUCUUAAUCUUCUUCCUGAGAGUUCCUCCGCCGCGGCAGCCAUGGCAGCCACCACUACCGCCGCCGCCGCCGUCACCUCCGCUGCUACUGCUACUACUACUACUCCAAACAUCCCUUUGAAAGUUCCUAAACUCGAACCUAAGCACGAACCGUUCGAAGAAACGUUACAGAAUCCUUACCAACAACAACAACAACAACAAACCUUGCAAUUUCUUCCUCAACUACGAGAAAGUACUCAAGAACAACCGUUCUUCUCUUCUUUACCUAAUUCAUCUCCAUCUUUAUCUCCAAAUCCAGUAUCUGAUUCUCUUCAGCUAACCCCUUACGUACCUUUUACUGACCAAACCCUUGUUGCGUUUUCGCAAAACUCGGGUGACGAGAGCAAUGUGUAUUCGGAGUUUCAUCGGAUUUCGGAGCUUUUUAAAACUGCUUUUUCUUCUAAUGGUGAUGGGGAUAGUCAGGUGUUUGAUCCCGAUUCGCGAGCGAUUGUUCCGUUUGCUGAAGAAAACAACCAGGUUGAGGUCGCACCUAUUGUUGUUUCGAGGAAGAGGGUUCCUCCUCGGUCUGCUGAGCUUGUGAGGGUUACGAAUUUGGGAAUCGAAGAUGAGACUUAUUUUCGUAACGUUGUGAGGCGUACGAGGAUGGUAUUCGAUUCGCUUCGGGUUCUUUCUACGGCGGAGGAGGUAAGGAAACACGGUGUGGGGAAUGCGAGACGAUUGCGUGGUGAUUUGAGGGCUUCUUCGUUGAUGAGAGAUCGAGAGUUGUGGCUUAAUCGAGAUAAGAGAAUUGUGGGUUCAAUUCCUGGGGUUUAUGUUGGUGAUUUGUUUUUCUUUCGUAUGGAGCUUUGUGUGGUUGGGUUACAUGGUCAGGUCCAGGCCGGAAUCGAUUAUGUUCCGGCUAGUCAGAGUUCCAACGGUGAGCCAAUUGCGACAAGUGUCAUUGUCUCUGGUGGGUAUGAAGAUGACGAGGACGCUGGAGAUGUGGUAAUCUAUACUGGUCAUGGUGGACAGGACAAGUUCAAUAAGCAAUGCGCUCAUCAGAAGCUUGAAGGUGGUAAUCUUGCACUUGAAAGGAGUAUGCAUUAUGGGAUUGAAGUGAGGGUUAUCAGAGGAAUCAAACACCCAGGUAGUGUUGCUAGCAAAGUAUAUGUAUAUGAUGGUUUGUAUCGAAUUAUGGAUUGUUGGUUUGAUGUGGGCAAGUCUGGUUUUGGGGUUUAUAAGUAUAAGCUUGUUAGAAUUGAUGGUCAAUCUGAAAUGGGUAGCACCAUUCUUAGGUAUGCAGCAUCUCUAAGAGCUAAGCCCUUGACAGUGAGGCCGGCUGGCUACCUUAGUUUAGAUAUCUCGGCGCAAAAGGAGAGCCUUCCAGUUUUGCUUUUUAAUGAUAUUGACACUGAUCAGGAACCAUUGUUUUAUGACUAUCUUGUGAGAACUGUGUUUCCGCCAUUUGCUUAUCAUCAAUCUGGGACUGGUACUGGAUGUGAAUGCAAUGGGGGUUGUACUGAUGAUUGCUUGUGUGCUAUGAAGAAUGGAGGUGAGCUUGCUUAUGAUCAUAAUGGGAUUCUCUUGAGAGGCAAGCCUUUAGUUUUCGAAUGUGGGCCAUUCUGUCGCUGUCCCCCACAGUGCCGGAAUCGGGUUACACAGAAUGGGAUGAAAAGUAGACUGGAAGUGUUUAGAUCAAGGGAAACAGGUUGGGGAGUAAGGUCUUUGGACUUGAUACAGGCUGGUGCGUUUAUAUGUGAGUAUACAGGGGUUAUUCUCACGAGGGAACAAGCCCAUAUUGUUUCAAUGAAUGGUGAUAGCUUAGUUUAUCCUCAUCGGUUUUCUGAUAGAUGGGCAGAAUGGGGAGAAUUGUCUCAAAUAUAUGAUGAUUAUGUAAGGCCAUCGUACCCGGCAGUGCCACCGUUGGAUUUUGCAAUAGAUGUAUCAAAGAUGAGGAAUGUUGCAUGUUAUAUGACCCACAGUUCAACUCCUAAUGUAAUGGUACAGUUUGUGCUUUAUGACCACAAUAACUUAAUGUUUCCACAUCUGAUGUUGUUUGCAAUGGAAAACAUCCCUCCUCUGAGGGAGCUCAGCCUCGACUAUGGAGUGGCUGAGGAAGUGUCACCGAAGCUUUCUAUCUGUAACUGAGUAAGAUUUUAGGGCAUGGUGUAUUUUUGAAUGAUGCAGUGAAGUUAUGGAGACAUGACUAACGAGAUGGGACUCAUACUAUAUGUUGUACCAAGUUUUUUGACACGGCUUUCUGGUUUUUGGGUCCUCAAACGUUUUUUUUUGCAAGUUAGAUGCUUCCAACUUUGAACAGUUCAAUCCGAAGCUACUUUUUUGCGCCUUUGUCGGUCUACCUUAGUUGUGCCUCUACUGCACAAUAUUUAGAUGUUCCAGACCAGAACAUCAAGGAAAUGAGGAGAAGCACUAGCUGCCUGUCAUGAAUGCUCAACUGUGUAUGAAACUCUAGUAUUUUUUUUAGCCUGUAUAUAUAUUAAAUCCAAAUUCGGAUAAAACUUGUAUAGUAACCGAUGUUCAUUACAUGUACAUCGAAAUGUUAAAAGCAAGGAUCUCAUUUUGAUGACUUGCAUUUUCCUCUUUUUGUGAAUUAUACUAUAAAUUAUGAGUAAUUGAGAGGCAUGUCCUCCCUAUGCCCUGAAAAACUAAAAUAGGCCAAGACUUUUGCUUAA